AUGUCGUCUGCAAAAUCAGACCCUCUUCGCUGUCAAGGAUACACAGUCCCCCCUUGUUUCCCUGUUAGAUUUAUUGAGCACGAACUCCGGCGUCAUCAACCGCCUCAAAACAUUUGGUCGUCCAAUAUUUGUCAUUGUUUCGACCAUCCAAGCAGCUGUUGGACAACGUUCUUUUGCCCAUGCGUGACUUUUGGGAGGAUCGCGGUGUUCGCGGACGAAGGAAAUUCAUCUUGUGUUGCGAAAGGCGCACUCUACUGUUUAGCCGCUGCUUUGACUGGUUGUUUUCUGGGAGGAGCUUGCUGUUGUGGUUGCUACUACCGAGGAAGGUUGAGGACGCGAUUCAUGUGGAAGCAGAGUGCAUGCCACGAUAGUUGUGUUCAUUGCUGUUGCCAUUGUUGUGCUCUGUGUCAAGAAUAUCGUCAACUCCAGAGUCUUGGCUAUGACCCUCGCAAAGGAACAAAAGAACAAGAAUGA